CUGUUUUUUAUAUUUAUGUAUAAAACUUCUAUACGUUUAAAGUCAGCUGUUUGAUAAGAAAUAAUGAAUUUUAAGCCAUUUAAAUCAACCUUUCGGUUGUUUUCAUCUUAUAAAAAUGUGCCUCGGGUAUGUGUCGUGGGCGCAGGACCUGCUGGCUUUUACGCAGCAAUGCAUUUAACUAAGAAAUUGGAGAAUGUAUGUAUUGAUAUUAUAGAAAAGCUGCCAGUUCCAUUCGGAUUAGUACGGUAUGGAGUUGCCCCUGAUCAUCCAGAAGUAAAGAAUGUUAUAAAUCAAUUUACUAAAUUUGCUCAACAAACAAAUGUUAAUUUUUAUGGAAAUAUAACCUUAGGAGAGGAUAUCAAUUUGUUACAAUUGAGACAACAUUAUGAUGCUGUUUUGUUGACUUAUGGAGCAGAGGAAGAUAAGACUUUAGGUAUUGAAAAUGAAGAUGCUACGAAUAUAAUUGCUGCAAGGAAUUUUGUGGGAUGGUAUAAUGGUCAUCCUAGAGAUAGAGAUCUUAAGGUUGAUUUAUCUGGACCUGUAGCAGCUAUUCUUGGUCAAGGAAAUGUAGCACUUGAUGUUGCUAGAAUAUUGUUGUCACCACUAGAUACUUUGAAAAAAACUGACAUUACAGAGUAUGCACUGCAAGCAUUAGCAGAAUCAAAACUCAAAGAAUUAUAUCUUGUAGGAAGAAGAGGCCCACUAAAUGUGGCAUUUACAAUUAAAGAACUCCGUGAACAAAUUAAACUUAAAAAUUGUGCAACAGUUUGGAGGGAAAAGGAUUUUGCAGGUGUUGCAGAAGCUGUAAAAGAUUUGCAGAGACCUAAAAAGAGAUUGAUAGAGCUUAUGCUUAAAUCACUUAAUGAAAAUGAUGAUAUUAGUGAUCAAAAUGAAAAGUCUUUCAAACCAAUAUUUUUUAGGAGCCCAAAAAAAUUUUUGGUCAAUUCGGAAAAUUACUUAAGUGGUAUAGAAUUAAUAGUUAACAAAUUAAAAGGUGACAGAAUAGAAGAUCAAAAAUGUAUCCCAACAAAUGAAACAGAAAUUUUAAAUUGUUCUCUUGCAUUUCGUAGCAUUGGGUAUAAAAGUAUUAAAGUUGUUGAAGAUUUACCAUUUAGUGCUAAUGGUGUUGUAAUAAAUGAAAAUGGUCGAGUUUCAAACAACGAAGACAGUGAAAUAGCAAAGCUUUAUGUGGCUGGAUGGCUAGGUACAGGACCUGUAGGAGUUAUUUUACAUACAAUGAGUAAUGCAUUCCAAGUUGCAAAGUUAAUCUGUGAGGAUUUAAAAAAACAUAACAAUUACAAUAAGGAUGGAUUUGCUGGAGUUAAAAAUGAUAUUAAUAAGAAUACUCCGGUAAUAGAUUGGAGUGGUUGGGAAAAAAUUGAUAAAUAUGAGUGUGAAGAAGGUAAAAAACUUGGUAAACCUCUGACUUAUAUAGUGGCAUUAGUGAUGUUGUUUAUUUAAUUUUAGUUGUUCACAAUGACCGAGGAAAACUGGAACGAUGAUGGUGCCGAGGCGGGCAGCAUGGCCAUCGACAGCAUGCCAUUGCCACAACCGGCUGACAUUCCCGAAAUUAAACUGUUCGGGAGAUGGAGCUGCUACGAUGUCCAGGUUUCAGACAUGUCGCUACAGGAUUACAUUUCAGUCAAGGAGAAAUACGCUAAAUACUUGCCACACUCGGCUGGUAGAUACGCUCACAAGCGAUUCCGUAAAGCGCAGUGCCCUAUUGUCGAACGUUUGACAAAUUCCUUGAUGAUGCAUGGACGCAACAACGGAAAGAAAUUGAUGGCCGUGCGUAUUGUUAAGCACGCUUUUGAGAUCAUCCAUCUUCUGACUGGCGAAAAUCCUCUUCAAGUUCUUGUGACAGCUAUCAUCAAUUCUGGUCCUCGUGAAGAUUCCACUAGAAUCGGUCGUGCUGGUACAGUGCGUCGUCAAGCUGUGGAUGUGUCCCCACUUCGUCGUGUGAACCAAGCUAUCUGGUUGUUGUGCACAGGAGCACGUGAAGCAGCAUUCAGAAACAUUAAGACAAUUGCGGAGUGUGUUGCUGAUGAACUUAUUAACGCUGCUAAGGGUUCAUCAAACUCUUACGCUAUUAAGAAAAAGGAUGAGUUGGAGCGUGUUGCUAAAUCCAACCGUUAAGUAUGUUUUAAGAGGACUUAAUAAAAAAUAUGAAAAAAGUAGGUGUU